AUGUCGAAGCUAUUCAUUGGAGGCCUUGCUUGGCACACUGAGGACGCUACUUUGCGACAGAAAUUUGAAGAGUUUGGUCCGGUGGAGGAAGCGGUUGUUGUCAAAGACCGCGACACCGGUCGUAGCAGAGGAUUCGGCUUUGUUCGUUACACCCAACAAGAACACGCCCAGAAAGCAAUCGCUUCGAUGAACAAUGUGGAAUUCGACGGAAGAACAAUCCGAGUGGACAACGCAACGGACGCCGGACCCCGAGGCGGCCCAGGAAUGGCCGGGCGUGGCGGAGCCUAUCCUGCAGCUGGAGCUUACGGGGCUCCCUACGGUGCUCAACCAAUGCCGGGAUAUGGGAUGCCAGCGCAACAGAUGUACCCAGUGGCAUACGGUCGCGGAGGAUAUCCGCCACAGGCGGCUUAUGGCUCGCAGCCACCUCAGGGUUACCCAGUUCAACAGCCUUAUGGCUACGACCAGGGACAGCAAUCUCAAGGUCAACAUAUGGGAGGCCCACCUCAAUACUAA